UUGACUUUUUUGUUUUCAGUGCGUACUUUUGCAACCUGUGUGUUGAGUCACCUGUUUCCUACGGACGCCUGCCGAUCUGACUGUCUAUGAAGCUGGGCAAAGAGUCCAUAACUGAAAGCAAUGAAGAUGCUUUGAAGAGAGCUUUGACUGCUGGGAAUGUGAAGUUAGUUGAAGAACUUUUGGAUUCAGGAUUAAGUGUAGACUGCUGUUUUUCCUUUGGAUGGACUCCAUUAAUGUAUGCCGCAAGUGUUGCAAAUUUGGAAAUGGUACGUGUGCUGCUGAACAGAGGUGCUAAUGCGAGUUUCGAUAGAGAUAAAUUCACGGUCCUUAUGUCGGCAUGCACUGCACGUGGAUCAGAGGAAAAAAGCGCGAAGUGUGUUGAAUUACUACUUUCGAGAAAUGCUGACCCUAAUGUUGCUUGCAGGAAACAAAUGACCCCACUUAUGUUUGCUGCUAAAGAAGGCAACUGUCAAGUGGUUACACUUUUGAUUGGUCACGGAGCUAAUAUCAAUGCACAAGAUGAAAAUGGAUAUACAGCGUUAACAUGGGCCGCGCACGAUGGACAUAAGGGGAUGGUUCUGAAGUUGCUAGAACUAGGGGCAGACAAAAGCCUUGUGACUACAAGUGGAAACACUCCUGCUGACAUUGCAAAGAAGUAUAACCACCUGGAGAUUUUUAGUAUUCUUUCUCUUUCUGCCAAUAUAAAUCAUGGAAAAGAAAAUGUAAGCAAAGAGGAGGCAAUAUACAGAUACCUAAAAACACAAUCUGAUACCACUGCAAACUGUACAAGUGGUUAUUUUGCAUCUAGUGACUUGGACAUUUUUUUACAUGGAUUGGGCCUAGAACACCUAACCAAUGUAUUUACGGAAAAUGAUAUAUCCUUGAGACAGCUUUUAAUGUUGGAGGAAGAAGAACUUAAAAAGGCUGGUUUGAUAGAUCCAGAUGACUGUCAGAAAAUUAUAGCAGCAGUAAAGGAAAUCCAAGUUGAGGAUUUAAAACUUGAAGCGUCCCCUAAUAAUCUCGGCUUGGAAUCCAGCAAUGAUGAGUUAUUUGCUUUUCUCCUCAAACUGAACCGGCAAUGCAAUUGUCUCACUCACUCGGUGCAAAGCAUAAAUUCUCAAAUACCUGUUAAUCCUUAUAAGGUUGUCUUUGAGUGGGAUUCCACCCAAAACAUUUCUGCCGUUUGCAACGACCUGGUGUCAAGCGUCACAGACCUCGGCAAGGAAGUGCACAGGCUACAAACUCUCCUACAUCAGUUUCAGGAAGGCCAAAAGAAUACCUGCACUCGCGUACCACCUCUGCAAGAACAGCUGGGUUGGAAGAGAUAUAGAAGAGUCCUAGUAGGGUUGCUGGCUUUGGGAUUUAUUGUCUCUGCUGUGAAAACUACUGCAAGGAAUAAUAUUUUUUCAUUACCGUUGUAAUGGGAGUUACCAAGAAAUGCGUUUUUGUUUAGUUUUUUUUUAUAUUUUAAAG